AUGUUACAGAAUGAUCAUCGCGCGGAGAGGCGGUGUCAAGUCGGGGGUGUGGGAUUUGCGCCGCGUGCAGGAGGCCAGCAACAAGCCAAAAACUGGUGCUACAUAGACAGCGCAGUUGGGAGCGGGCCGGAAGCCCUAUUGAGAAGAUACCGAAAUCUCCUAUAAGCCUCUGAAGGAUGGUUCCCCCCCUCUUUCUCCUCAGUUUUCUAGGCGCUCCGCUCAAUACCGAGGUCACAAUGCGAUUCUGGAAUGCCUUGGUUGCAAUCGCUCUACUUCCGAUCGUCGCGGCUGAUUUCCACCUUGGCGUUGUCACUGCUAACGGCCUCGGCAAGGCCCGACUUUGGACGGUUCUGCUCCCCGGGUCGAAGUCAUGCAGAGAUGAAAAUUUCUCCUGUUUAACCAAUGGUUUUCCUAACACUGGCAGAUGGUUGCCGUCAGGCAUAUGCCUUGCACCCCCCUGGGUUAGGCAGGAUACGGCCGGCCACGACGGGGUGGCCGUCCAGCUCGGGUCAAUAGUAAACGCUACACUUUGCGGGCUUCCCGUUACGGUUUACUCUACGCUUGGCGGGUGGCCCACCUCGAACGGAAGCGGAAAGUGUUGCCCAACUUAUCCGAGUACCCCCCAUGUGCAUUAUGCGACGUGUAAAGCCUCCAACAGCGUUAUUUACCUCGAUUUGUACUGGUGCGAUUCGUGUUGGGGAAAAAAAGGUUUCUCCGGCCAUCGAGUGGCGAUGAAGAAGAGGCAGGGACCAGGGAACGAUGGUAGUUACACAUCGUCAGGCGUGAUAUAUAGCUUUGAUUUGAAUGGGGCUGCACAAGGGUUGAAGAGGGUCGGAUAUUGUGCGACUAGCAGCAUAGGGCGGAUACAGAUUGAGGAAAGAGGAAGGGGAUCCUCCAUAGCGGGAAAUACGAAGCCAUAG